UCAAUACUAGCCGCAAGAUUGAGGAAAUAAGACACGUGUCAGUGUGGAUGUAGCGGAAUGAGCAUCCAUAUUUUUUGUUUAUAAUUUAAAUUUAUUAUUCGUUUGAUUUCCCUGAGUAAAUCGAAUAAUUAAUCGAUCAUUCUCUCUCUCUCUCCCAAUCUGCUUCACUCGCCAAACCUCUUUUCUUCGCCGGAACCCUAGGUCCGCCCCAUCAGCUUGAAUUUUCCGUAGAUGAACGUGCGAUUAGGGAACAUCUGAGGUCGGUUUUCGUCGCCGAAUGGAGGGAGGAAUAGCCCCAUGGAUUAUGAUGACAGUGACUUUCAAAACCAGAAUCUCCAUUUAGCUGGUGAAGCUAACACUAAGUUUCCUCCGGUGUCUCUUCCAAGGUUUGAUUUUGACGAGCAUCUGAGGUUUGAUAGUUUAGUCGAAACUGAGGCUUUUCUUGGUAUUGAGGGUAACGAAGAUAGUAACUGGAUUGAGGAUUUCUCUCGUGCAAGUAGUGGUGUAGUGUUUAGCUCAGCUGCAACUGAGUCUUGUGCCAUUUCUAGGCAUACUAAUGUUUGGUCUGAGGCUACUUCCUCAGAAUCCGUUGAAAUGCUUUUGAAUUCGGUUGGACAGGACGACCAAGUCAUUGUAAGAGAGAAAGAUAAUUCUAUCAAGAAAUCUGGUGAUCUAGGCUGCACAAUGGAUCAAUUGGAGCCUGGCCUUGAGACUAUUCUUUCCAAAGAGGAAACUCCCACCAACCCUUCUGUGGAUGAUACUCCAGCAGACUCCUGCAAGACAGAUGCUGCACAGGAACAGGUCCCGCUGAAAGAUGACUCACCAACUCUUGUGGAGGAGGAGCCGGAAGAUAAUGCCAUUUUGGCUUCAAAUACAGCCGCUGUGCCUGUAGAGGUUGUGGAUACUGCUUGUCAUGAUAAGAUAGGGACUGAGACAACGCAUAGUCUUCUUGACCAAACCGUUGCGGAAAAUAAUGCAGUUUUAGCUCAUGUGAGUUCUGCUGGUCUUGAUACGAUAGGAACUGAGACGACUGAUAGUGUUCAUAACCAAACCCUUACGGAAGAGGCAUCCAUGGAGGAAAACAAUGUCGUUUUACCUUCAGAUACCGGGACUGUAGAGGCUGUGGAUACUGGUGGUCAUGCCAAUAUAAGAACUGAGACUACUGAUAGUCUUCUUGACCAAACAGAAGACGAAGCCAACACAGAAUCAAGGAUGGAAAUCGAUUGUAGCCACGGAACUGUACAGACUGGGGUUUCUGCUAGUGGUGAGUUGAAUAAUCAUAAUCAGACCACUUUGCUUCCAGAGCUUUUCAAUGAUGAAAAUGAUAUCAGCGACCACACUGCUAAGUCUGAUCUGAAGGAUAUGGAGCUAUCUGAUGUCACGGUACUAGAAAGAGGGGACCAAGCUCUCUCUUCUCUUGAGGUAGCUGAACCAGACGUUUCAGGGAUCCAAUGCCAAGAUCUUCCUGUCAGCAGUGCCAAUACCAGCGCAACAGUUGAAGCAUCUUUGGAACUCACUGGGGUAUUACCAAAUAUAACAAGCAGUGAACAUGAAUCUACUUUUCAGACUCAGACACAUACAGAGAUACUUCGAGUUGAGACUUCAGAAAGUGUUCAUGUUUCGCAAAUGGACUCAAUGGUUGAAUCCACAGAUGGUGAUGUGUCUAGGAAGGGUGACAAUAAGAAAGGUAGUGCUCGCAUAUCUUAUCUCAAACAAAACAUGGAAUUAGCUGUCAAUGCCAAUGAUAGAGAUCAGGAUGCCAAGAGCUCUCAAGUCUUAUCUGAAAGCUUUGUAUCCGAGUCUGUUGGUUAUGUUUCAAGAGACUCUGCAUCCAAGCUGGUGGAGUCAAAUUCUCAGUCUGACACCAUUCCAAAAGAAAAUCCAGGGACUAUGAUUGACAUUAAAGAAUGUGAAGCCUUUCCUCUCAAACCUGAAGAAUCGCGACAUCUAAGCCAAGAUGGAGCUUCUGCUGUCAGUCUUACAUCUUCAGUAGAUUUACAUAUGGUGACUACAUCAUCUGAGGCUAAUGAGCAAGUCAAUUUCUCUGUAACCGAGAAGGUUUUAUCUGGCGAACCUGAAAAUUGCCAAACUGUUUCACCUGUGAAAGCAAGUAAUUCAGGGAUUCAUAUUGCACAACAACCUAGCAAGCAUACUGAAGAUACUCAGCAAAGUACACAAUUUCUCCAUGGUUGUCCUACCUCUGAAGGGUCAAAGGAUGCAGUAGAUGCUGAUGCCGCUGGACAAGUUUUGCCUCAGCAGUGCGAGGAAACAAUUUUAGAAAAAAAUCUAACAGAAGUUGUAAACGUCCCUGAGACUCGGUCAAUCCUGGACAAGGAUGCCUUAAAUGAAAACCCUAAAGCUAGCUCCUUGGCUAAUCUUCGGACUGAAGCUGUGGCAGAUUGCCAGGAAGAGGAUAAGACUGCUGCAUCCGGUAGGAUUAUGACAUCUGCUACUUCUGUUUCAUACCCCGCAGAUCAGGAUGCCAAGAGCUCUCAAGUCUUAUCUGAAAGCGUUGUGUCUGAGUCUGUUGGUUAUGUUAUAAGAGACUCCGCAUCCAAGCUGGUGGAGUCAAAUUCUCAGUCUGACACCAUUCCAAUAGACAAAUCAGGGACAAUGACUGACGGUAAAGAAUGUGAAGCAUUUCCUCUCAAACCUGAAGAAUCGCAACAUCUAAGCCAAGAUGGAGCACCUGCUGCCAGUCUUACAUCUGCAGUAGAUUUACAUAUGGUGCCUACAUCAUCUGAGGCUAAUGAGCAAGUCAAUUUCUCUGUAACCGGGAAGGUUUCAUCUGCCGAACCUGAAAAUUGUCAAACUGUUCCACCCGUGGAAGCAAGUAAUUCAGGGGGUCAUAUUGUACAACAGCCUAGGAAGCAGACUGAAGAUACUCACCAAAGUUCACAAUUUGUCGAAGGCUGUCCUGCCUCUGAAGGGCCAAAGGAUGCAGUAGAUGCUGAUGCCGCUGGCCAUGUUUUGCCUCAGCAGUGUGAGGGAAGAAUUUUAGAAGAAAAUCUAACAGAAGUUGUAAACGUCCCUGAGUCUCAGUCAGUUCUGGACAACGAUGCCAUAAAUGAAAACCCUAGUGCUAGCUCCUUGGCUAAGACUGCUACCGGUGGGAUUAAGACAGUUGCGACUCCUGUUUCACACCCCACAGGUGGUGUAAUUGAAGUAGGAGUGUCCUGUGCUUCUACAAGUUCUGAGCCUUUUGUAAAGUCCCAUGUUACUGGAACUGAAAACGCUGCUACAGAUUUAGGGUCUCAUGUCAUUUCUUCCCCAGCUCGUAAGAUGACCGAACUACAACUUAAUAAGACAGAGGAUCAGAAUACUUUGAGUUUGAUGGCUACCGAAUCUCCGGUCUUGGAUAGAAACCCGACCUCCAGCAGUGGGCUGAACUUGACUUCCGAUACAAGGAAAGCAGUGGAAAUUUCCGAAACUACCCUUGUCUCUCCGAUGGUGGUGGGAUCUCUGUCAAAAUCUAGCUUAGAGAAAACAGCUGCGAAGUCUUCGAAAACAAAAUCUGAGCGUAAACCCAGGGGAACACCUAAAUCUGCAGGAAAAGAGACUUCUAGAAAAGGAAAUAGUGUAAAGGGAGCUGCACCUUUUCAACAUUUUCAAAGUGCAGGCAAAGCAAAUGCUGUUAAUCAGAGUUCUGGUUCUUCUAUUCAAAUCACACACUCUACUGAGAAACAGCAAAGUCUUCAGACUCCUGUUCUUAAUUCGUUUGGUACCCUUUCAGCCCCCACGACUAGUCUACCGGAAAUGAAUUCUACUGCUCCCUCAAGCAUUUUUCGUCGACCUUUCACUGACUCGCAACAAGUGCAACUACGUGCACAGAUUUUUGUUUAUGGUGGUCUAAUCCAAGGGACAGCACCCGAUGAAGCUUAUAUGAUAUCUGCAUUUGGUGGUGCAGAUGGUGGGAGAGGCACUUGGGAGAAAGCAUGGCGUGCUUGUGCUGUGAGGGCUCAGAGAAUGCGUGUUUCUAGUCCUGAAACGCCAUUGCAAUCACGUGCAGGGAAGACAGAGACCCCGUCAAUGAGUCACACCAGUAGCAAAGUGAGUUCAGCGACGAAACCCAUAAUUCCACUCUCAUCACCUUUAUGGAGUUUGUCAACUCCCCUCGAAACUUUACAAUCAAGAAGCAUUCAGAGAGGUUCAGCUGCUGCACCACUGCCUUCUUCAUCACAUGCUCAUCAAGCUGCAUCAGUUACGAAUAUUGGACAUAAUACGGCUUGGAUGUCCCCUCUCCCUUACCCCAGCCCGUGGCUUGCUUCUCCGCAGACCAGUGGGUUCGAUGUUGGUUCUCGUUUCCCCGUUUUCCCGAUCACCGAAUCUGUAAAAUUGACACCCACAAAAGAAUCUUCCUUGCCUUACUCUGGCGGUAAGCAUGUUCUGAGUGGAACUUCAGGCAAUGUUUUCAAAGGGACGCAAACACUUGAGCCAGCCAGUACAGUUGUAGCACCUGCUCAACACUCCACUGGGACGAAAUCAAGGAAACGGAAGAAAAUGCCAGUCUCUGUGGAGUCUGAUCCAAGCAUUUUGAAUUCGCUACAGCAGACAGAAGUAGUGGUCUCACCUCUUGUUUCUAUAUCAACACCUGUACCUAUUACAGCUGCUCCGGGUAGUCUGACUUCUAACGCAGGCACACUGGCCAGUGUUGAUUCCAUCUCUGCAGUCCCUAUGAACCUGGUAUCUACGUUCCCUGGGAAGAAAAUGAAAUCAUCUUUGCAAUCCCCAAUUUUUGGUGGUAACCUUGUAUCUGAAGUUAAGCAGAGAUCUGUGUUGCCGGCAGAUACCAUUGAUAAGCUUAAUGAGGCUAAGAUGCAUGCAGAGGAUGCUUCUGCUCUCGCUACUGCAGCCGUUAGUCACAGCGAAUACGUAUGGAAGCAGAUAGAGCAACAGAGGCAUGCUGGCCUCCAGCCAGAAACUCAAGGCAGAUUAGCUUCCGCUGCUGUUGCCAUAGCUGCUGCCGCUGCAGUGGCAAAGGCUGCAGCUGCCGCCGCCAAUGUCGCAGCUAAUGCGGCGUUUCAGGCAAAAUUAAUGGCUGAAGAAGCAUCCCUUCCUAGUGUUUCUUAUCAGGGUAAUGAUCUCCACAAGUCAAAUGAUGUACUAACUCAAGGCCAGGGUACCCCUGCUUCUGUCUUGAAGGGUGAAGGUGCAGUGGUCAGCUCCAGUCCGUUCCUUAGUGCUGCCAGAGAGGCGGCUAAGAAGAGGGUCGAGGCUGCCACAGCGGCCACCAAACGAGCUGAAAAUGUGGAGUCUAUUGUUAAGGCAGCAGAACUGGCAUCAGAGGCGGUUUCACAAGCUGGAAUACUUGUUUCAAUGGGUCAUCCUCCGUCGCUCAAUAAGCUGGUGGAGGUGGGUCCAAGUAAUUAUUGGAGGCAGGCUCAAGAAUCUGAGAAAGCGCAGCCUUGUAAAGUGGGUGUAUUAGAAAAAGAAACUGAGACUACUAGUGAUAGAGGUUUUGCUAGUCCCAGCACUGCGCAUACUGAGUUGGAUGGCUCCGUGAGAGCAGCUGAUGGUCUAGGUCUAGUUUCUGCCACUGGAAAGAAAACAAAUGGACAGAAAGGUCAUAUAAGUGCAGACGUGGCUAAACACACUGCUGUAGUUUUCGAGCCAGAAGUUGGGUCAAAAUCUUCGAUUGACACCCAGACUGAAAGUGAGCAGAUUAUGAAAAAAACAAACGACGAGUGCAUCAAGGAAGGUUCUCAUGUAGAGGUUUUCAAGGAAGGACCUGAAUUAAGAACCGCAUGGUACUCUGCCAAUGUAUUGAGCUUAGAGGAUGGGAAAGCUUAUGUGCUGUUCAGUGACCUUUCUGUAGAACAAGGAACAGAUAAGCUGAAGGAGUGGGUAGCCCUCAAAGGUGAAGGUGAUGAGGCCCCGAAAAUAAGAACUGCUCGUUCUAUUACUGCCCUGCCAUAUGAAGGAACCAGGAAGAGGCGUAGAGCUGCCAUUGGGGAUCCUGUGUGGAAAAUUGGAGAUAGGGUAGACUCGUGGGUUCAUGACAGUUGGUUGGAGGGUGUUAUCACGGAGAAGAACAAAAAUGAUGAAAAUACAGUGACUGUGCAUUUUCCAGCACAAGGAGAGACUUUGACUAUCAAAGUUUGGAAUCUUCGUCCUUCUCUUGUAUGGAAAGAUGGAAGGUGGAUUGAAUGUUCUACUUCAGGAGAAAACAUCAGCUCGUCACAUGAGGGUGAUACUCCAAAGGAGAAGCGUCCUAGACUAGGAGCUCCAUCUCCUGUGGCUGAAGGAAAAGACACAAAAAUGGAAACUGUCGUUGGUCCGGAUUUAGGUAAACCGCCUCAGACUGGUGUUCUUGACCUCGGUGUUUCAGAGACUACAUUUAACAUCGGGAGAAAGGAGGGCAAUCCUGGUCCACUCCGAAUGAAGAGAACCGGUUUGCAAACGCAGGGAGCAAAAGUGAUCUAUGGUGUCCCUAAACCUGGAAAGACAAGGAAGUUCAUGGACGUGAGCAAACACUACAUUUCAGAGGCGAGCAAUCAAACUCGGAAACAGAAGGAACCAGCUAAGGCUGUGAAACCAAUUGUGCCCCAAAAUCCAGGACCAGGGAGCUGGAGAUUGCCUUCUAAACCGAGAGAAAAACAGACAACAACAACAACGAAGCCCAAGACUUUCAAACCUGCGCCCAAGACCAAAGAGAAGCCGGUUGCUGCACCUAGGAUAAUUCCCCGCAAGGACUCUCGUAAUACAACAUCCUCAAAUAUGGAAUCUGAAGAUGCCGUUGGUCAGAGUGGAGAGAACAAAGGUCCUGCAUCAACUUCCAGGGAUCCAGCCAAGGGAACAGGGGAAGAGCAAAUCACAUCAUCUUCACAACAAGGCCAAGAUAGUUCCUCCUCGACCACUACUGGGAAAGGGAAAGUGGCUCCUACUGCAGGGAGGUUACCCAAGAUUGAAGAGGCCAAGGCGUUGGAUGAUAAUUCUUCAAAAGCAUCAGAUGGAAUGGAACCACGUAGGUCUGUCCGCAGGAUUCAGCCAACUUCUAGACUACUUGAAGGUCUGCAAACAUCGAUGAUGCCCUCAAAGAUUCCUUCCAUGUCACACAGCAGAAGUCACCAAAGUCAAAGGAAACAGUAACUUUAGAGGCAAGUAGGUAAUGGAAGGAGCAAAAGCUAAGAAGAAGAAAGAGGCAGUCUCUGCUGCUGUUAGGUUGUCCUAAAUUUAAUAUCGAGCUCUGAGAAAAAUACUUUCGUUGUUGGUUAGGGGAAAGAUGAUAUGUUAUUGUAGGUGUGUGCUUAUGAUUUUUAAGUUAGAUUCUACCUCAGUCUGUGUGACUCAGAGAGGUAAGACAACUGUUGUUUGAAUAAAACAACUGUUUUAUUAUUGCCAAGUACCAUCAUCUUCCCUGGCUACCUUUCCUCCUAUCAUAAGUAUAGUAUGAUGAAAAAAUACACUUGUUUCACAUUUAUUUAA